AUGUCUAUACUACAAGCGUCAAAACUCUACGACCGUGCCCGGCCGGAUGCGCGGUUUUUGAUGGAAAAUGACAGCUCUCUGAGCUUGAGCAUCAUUGAUGAUCGUUCGCCUAAUCCGGUCAUUUUGGCCAAAUAUCAGGACAGGUUCAUCGCCAGUUUAGAUACUCAAAGGUCAGACGAACAGCAAUGGCUAGCGUCAGUGUGCGGAAUAUCUAAAUCGCAACUAAAUCGCUUGUUGGAUAGGUGGACCAGUCUGCGCCAGUUCGAGGCAGAUGUACUGGAUGCGGAGCGCAAGGAUCAAGCGCAGAAACGGGAGGCGCAACAGCCAUUCGUCGAGUCUGAUAGUGAUGAUGAUGAACCGCUGCCAAAAUUCGCCAGCAGUGGCAGCCCGGACAUCAUUCCACCCUUAUUCGCAGAGCCGGACUCGCUUCCCAUCCCAGCAGCCACAUCCUAUCAAGAUCCUGCUUCAGCACCGGUUUCACCGCGAUCGAGUAUCUCUACCCUGCCUGUGGAAGCAGCAGCAGCCGUAGAAGCAAAGGACAAGGAUGACGAGCUAAACCUGGAAAUACCCUGGACAUUGCGAACACGUAGAUACUACUGGAAGUACGUCGACGGCAAUGUUCAAGAAUCGAACACCGACGCACCGUCUUCAGAGGCAUUUGCACACCGACACAGCUGGACCGAAGUGCAAGCGUCGUGGGUCUGCAAAGAAGCGCUUCAAGAGGCAGGAUACUCACAUACUCAAGUGCAGAAGGCAAGACCAGACGGUAGGCGCACCAAGUUGGAAACUUGGUUUUGCAUAGACCAGCCUUUGACGUUCGAACAAGUGCAGCGACUGGUUGAGCGAACAGUGGAACUCUAUCGAAAGACGCAGCCUCCGUCACCCCCAAUUCAGCCAGAGAGGACGCGACGAACAUCCUUCGAGCGUCGACCUCCAAGCUACGUAGCGCCCGAAGUGAACAACGACCGCGACCGCACACCACUGGCACCGCAAGGCAAACCUCCACCUCCGCCACUGGAGCGAUCCGCAACCGCCUACCAUAUCUCGCAACCUCCUCCCCUGGACCGCACAAAGUCAAUGCCAGGCCCACAACAAGUACCACCAUUCUACCCCACAAAUCCAGGAUCCAGUAACAUGCAAAUACCACCGCCUUCUCCACGAACCAGCUAUCUCCAGAAUCCACCGCCUUCAGCAUCUUUUCCCCAAUCCCCGCCCUACCCACCUCAGCCCAUACCUAUUCCACCUCACCCCAACAUGAAUCAAUCCUUCCCUCCACCCUCCCCACGCACAUUCGCGCAACCAAUCCCUUACCAGCCACCGCCGCCGCCUCGCCAUCUACAGGCUCAGAUCUAUGGACAAUCCCCGAUCUACGGCCAGUCCCCACUAAGGACAUCGCUAGACGGAGCAAGAUACGACCACUAUUCCAGCACCUCCGGGACAUCUGACAGCGAGAGUGUGACGCGGAGUCGGAAGGUGAGGGACGAGUAG